GAUGCUGGUCCUGCUGGGCGCCGCGCUGGCCCCGGGCAGCGCCUUCAACCUGGACGUGGAGCGCCCGGCCGUCUACUCGGGCCCGGCGGGCAGCUACUUCGGCUUCGCCGUGGACUUCUUCGCCCCCGACCCGUUCUCGACAUAUCUUCUGGUGGGAGCUCCAAAAGCAAACACUACUCAGCACAACAUCGUAGAAGGAGGGCAGGUGCUCAAGUGUAACUGGGACUCAAACAGGAACUGCCAGCCCAUAAUAUUUGAUGCCACAGGUAACAGAGACUUUGCUCCUGAUGAUCCACUGGAAUUUAAGUCUCAUCAGUGGUUUGGAGCCUCUGUGAGAUCCCAAAAUGACAAAAUUCUGGCCUGUGCCCCACUGUACCACUGGAGAACUGAAACAAAACAAGAGAGAGAGCCUGUAGGAACUUGUUACCUGCUUGCUGGGUCAAAAUUUGUGGAAUAUGCUCCCUGCAGGUCAACAACUAUUGAUGCAGAUGGACAGGGAUUUUGUCAAGGUGGAUUUAGCAUUGACUUUACAAAGGGAGACAGGGUGCUGCUUGGAGGACCUGGAAGUUUUUACUGGCAAGGCCAGCUUAUUUCUGAUCGAGUGACAGAGAUUGUGGCCAAGUACGACUCCAAAGUCUACAGUACAAAGUAUGAUGAGCAGUUAGCAACCAGACCUGCCAGUGCUGCUUUUGAUGACAGCUACUUGGGUUAUUCAGUGGCUGUUGGAGACUUCAAUGGUGAUGGCAUUGAAGACUUUGUAUCAGGAGUCCCACGAGCAGCAAGAACUCUGGGCAUGGUGUCCAUUUACAAUGGGAAAAACAUGUCUUCCAUGUACAACUUCACUGGAGAGCAGAUGGCUGCCUAUUUUGGGUAUUCAGUGGCUGCCACAGAUAUCGACGGAGACAAUUACACAGACCUGUUUAUUGGAGCCCCUCUUUUUAUGGAUCGAAGCUCAGAUGGGAAGCUUCAGGAGGUUGGCCAAGUAACCAUGUGCCUUCAGCGAGCCUCGGGAGGGUUUCACACAGCCAGGCUGAACGGCUUCGAGAUCUUCGCGAGGUUCGGCAGCUCCAUCGCACCCCUGGGGGACCUGGAUCAGGAUGGAUUCAACGAUAUUGCAAUUGCUGCACCUUAUGGUGGAGAAGACAAGAGAGGGCUUGUGUAUAUCUACAAUGGAGGAGCAAGUGGUUUGAAUGCCAUGCCAUCCCAGAUCCUGGAAGGACAGUGGGCUGCUCGCACUAUGCCCCCCAGCUUUGGGUACUCGCUGAAAGGAGCCACAGAUGUGGACAAAAAUGGAUAUCCAGACUUGAUUGUUGGAGCCUUUGGUGUUGACACAGCUGUUCUGUACAGGGCUAGACCAGUUAUUAGAGUAAAUGCUGCCCUGGAAGUUAGUCCAACCAUUUUAAACCCAGAAAACAAAGCCUGUUCACUGGGAGAUGUAAAAGUUUCUUGCUUCAAAGUAAAGUUCUGCUUGAAAGCGGAUGGCAAAGGAAAGCUCCCGAACACACUCAAUUUCCAGGUGGAGCUGCUGUUGGACAAACUGAAGCAGAAAGGAGCCAUAAGGAGAGCUCUCUUUCUCCACAGCAAACAGCCCAGCCACUCCAAGAACAUGACAAUUACAAAGGGGGGCAAAAUGAACUGUGAGGAGCUUGAUGCCUUCUUGAGGGAUGAAUCUGAGUUCAGAGACAAGCUGACUCCCAUCACUAUUUUUAUGGAAUAUCGUCUGGAUUACAGAACAGCUGCAGAUGCAACAGGAUUGACCCCUAUCCUCAACCAGUUCACUCCUGCUAACAUGAGCAGACAGGCCCAUAUUCUGCUGGAUUGUGGGGAUGAUAAUAUCUGCAAACCAAAGCUGGAGGUGUCAGUAGAAAGUGAUCAGAAGCAGAUCUACAUUGGUGAUGACAAUCCCUUGACCCUCAUUGUCAGUGCUCAGAACCAGGGGGAGGGAGCCUAUGAAGCAGAACUCUUUGUUGUGGUUCCACCCCAAGCAGAUUUCAUCGGAGUUGUUCGUAACAAUGAGGCUUUAGCCAGACUGUCAUGUGCUUUUAAAACAGAGAAUCAGACUCGCUUGGUGGUUUGUGACCUGGGAAAUCCCAUGAAAGCAGGAACCAAGCUCUUAGCUGGCCUGCGUUUCAGUGUGCACCAGCAGUCUGAGAUGGACACCUCUGUCAAGUUUGACUUGCAAAUCCGGAGUUCCAACCUGUAUGACAACCUGAGCCCAGUAGCAUAUUAUCAGGCUGACCUUGCUAUUUUAGCAGCUGUUGAAAUUAGAGGUGUGUCAUCUCCUGAUCACAUAUUCCUCCCCAUUGCAAACUGGCAGCCAAAGGACAAUCCCCAAACAGAAGAUGAUAUUGGGCCUCUAGUUCAGCAUAUCUAUGAGCUGAGAAACAAUGGCCCAAGUGCAUUCAGCAAGGUGAUGAUGACUCUGCAGUGGCCUUACAAAUAUAAAAACAACACACUGUUGUAUAUUAUGCAAUAUGACAUUGAUGGUCCCAUGAACUGCACUUCUGACAUGGAAAUCAACCCACUGAAAAUUAAGAUUUCUGCUUCCAAGGAUGAUGACAGGAAUGAAACACUUGGCAGGGAGGACCAUCGUGACCACCACGUCAGCAGGAGGGAUUUGGCUGCCGUGGAGGGGGACGUGCACACUCUGGGCUGUGGAAAUGCUGACUGUUUAAAAAUUGUCUGUCAAGUUGGCCACCUGGAAAGGGGAAAGAGUGCAAUAUUGUAUUUAAAAUCACGCCUUUGGACCCAAACUUUCAUGAAUAAAGAAAAUCAGAAUCAUUCCUACUCUCUCAAAUCAUCUGCUUCUUUCAGUGUCAUAGAGUUCCCUUAUAAGAACCUUUCCUUUGAAGAUAUUCACAAUUCUACAGUAGUUGCUACAAAUAUUACAUGGGGCAUUCAACCACAGCCCAUGCCUGUGCCAGUGUGGGUUAUAAUUUUGGCUGUCCUAGCAGGGUUACUGCUCCUGGCUGUUCUAGUGUUUGUCAUGUACAGGAUGGGCUUUUUCAAACGUGUGAGGCCACCUCAGGAAGAACAAGAAAGAGAACAGCUGCAACCACACGAGAAUGGGGAAGGAACAUCAGAAGCUUAAGCAGAGUUUUAUCUGUAAGACAUUCUGAAAUGCACACUUGCCUACAUCUUGGUUACAAAUAUUGGCUUCCCCCUUUAUAAACAAGCACUCACCACUGCAGAGCUGCUGGUCUUGGAAGGCAUCAGCACGUGCAAAACAAGGGCAAUACACUUCAAUCCUCCCUCCUGUGUUAAUCCUGUUCUUACCUGCCACUAACGCAUCUGUACUGACCCUGUGUGACAAACUCAAGAGUAGAGCUGGGAUUUUGCUUACUGGCAUACAGGAAACAUCAUCUUUUCUGGUUCAUGUACUGACUCUCCAUGAAUUGCUAUGCUGAUUCUGCAUUUGCUCCUGGAGCCAACAGCCUCCAAGGUGCUUGCUGCAUUACAUGUUUAAUUUUGGUUGGUUUUUGCUAGAGUACACUACGUUUCAUUGCCUAGCUCUUGAAAGUCAGUUGCACAAAAAAAAAAAUGAAUGUAGAUUGUUUUACAGUACUGCAGAAUGUUCUUUAUCCAUUAGCUGUGAUGAUGAUUUUUUCCUCCUGCUCAAGAAAUAGGAAACAUUCAGUGGAAUCAUUGACACCUGAUACCUGUUCUGCACACCUGUUCCCCUGCCUACUCAGUCAUCUGUUUUGUGGUUUUCCCCUAGACCUUACAAAUACUGUUCUCCAGGUCCUGGAUCUCUUACUGUAGGGAUUGAGCCUGCAAACACCAAGUGACUGAUAGAAAUGUAGGGCUGAUGUACUUUCUGUAGGACUUGGGGAAAAGAUUCAGGGCAAGAUCCCAAGACUCUGCUGUGUAUUUCCACAGCGCGGGAUCCAGGUGUUCCACCGAGUUCUUUGGAACUCUGGAUUGUAUUUACUUGGAUUGUAUUUCAGUUUCUAGCAGAACACUGGAGGGACACUGUGUGACAGGUUACUGGUGCACUGUAGGGAGCUGUUAAUCCUCACUUUUCCUGCUUGACCAUGCCCAAGUGAAGGAUGGAGUGACACAGGGGCUGUCCAGACUAGGCUCUCUGCCAGCCACAUCCAUGGAUCUGGAUUACACCUGUGCUUUCUCACACCUCCAUCAGCUCCUGUCCUCAGAGAACAGUGAGUCCAAUGAAACAGGGAAGAGCUGGCAGUGCACAAGGGUUUGAAAAGUAAAGGUUGAUUUGGUUUGUUUCAUUUCACUCACUCAUUGCUUCAUUGGCUUGUUUCAUUUGAUUCAUUCGUUGUUUCAGUCACUGCAUGUUUCAUUGCACGAGACAUUUCAUUGCACAAGACAUUUCAUUAUGUUCAAUGCAUUUCAUUACCAGAAAAGACACUAAGUACUUUGAUUCAUUGUUGUUUUUUGAACAUACCAAAAGGUCAGUGGUUUAAAGCCAGGGGUUGACAUCACUCAGUUUAUUUCCCUCACCACUGGUGUAGUAAAAGGAAACUUCUUACACUGAUUGACACAAGAGCAUUGUCUAUGCAUUUCAGUAGACAAGUAACUGCAGAGAAGGAGUUUGUUCACCUUGCAGCCACAGGUUGCACAGAUCCUAGAGUGGACAUACUUAAACCAUUACUAAGGUGCCUUCUAUGAGAUGUGUUUAUUCUCUUUUCCAAAAAGGGAAUAAAUUGCAAUAUAAACUCCCUGUGUGCAGCCAGAUACACAAAGGAAGACAUCUACUGUACUUACACCAGUGAGAUUUCUAUGUAGACAAGCUCUUAAAAGGGCAAAAACUCUGGUUUGGGUUUGUACCUUGGGGUUUUUGUUCAUAGCUGCAUCUCCCCCAUAAAUACAGCAGUGCCCACUAAACCCAGAAUUUUCUGAAACGAGCAGUUUGUUUCAACUCUCAUUUCUGCAUCCUUUCGGAGAUUUAAAAUCCACCAAUGGCUUUUAUUGUUAAGUCCAUUCUUACUUGCUGAUCCAUGAUGGCAUCUGAGUCCUUAAGGGAGACAGCACAGAGUCUGGGAGGCCAGUAUGUUCACCAGAUAUAGGCUUGCAUAUUUAUCCAUUUACAUGGGUUGGGUUUAGACAGCUUGCUCAGAUAAAAUUAGUUUACAUGAAAGGGUAUAGGGCAUGAUUCUGCUUUCAAGGUCUUCAGUGUGGCCAAUGUUUUAUUUUUGUUCUUUUUUUAAAUAUUGUUACUAGUGAUGUAGUAGAGAAUCAGGAGUCAGGCUUUGAUCCUGGCCUCAAAAUGUGACUUUGAUAGAACAGCAUUUUCAGUUACUUACAUGGGCUUGUGGUUCUCACACUUUAUCAGCUGAUUAUUUAUGUGCAAGGAGAUUGGUUUUACCCAGUCUUAAUCUUAGUAGUGUAAGAGGUUUAAGAGACUGCCAGACAGAUUAUAGCUCUAAUUCCUACAUGUGUGCUUUCAUUACAUGUACACUCCAUGGUGACUUGAAAUUUCUUAGACUACUUGCAUGUGUAGGCAUUAUUAGGAGAUGAAAAAGAGGAUUUAAAAAAAAAAGCACGGUCAAGAUCCCUCCUGCUCACAUGGAUGGGAUCCCAUAGCAUUGCUCAUGUCAGUGCUAACUGCAUUCUGAUUUUGCUGUGGCAACUGGAAACUCAUUUUGCUGAUUUUCAGGAUAAGAAGGUACAUUUUAUUGGUACAACUACUGUAGCUAUGGAAAGUAUCUUCCAUUUUUGAAGUUACAUAAAGUAAGACUUAUUUAAGUGAUUUUUAUUUCUUGCCUUCUACUAGAGAAUGAAAGCAAAUAGUUGCUUCUUCCACGUCCAUUAAUUUCCAGUUUGGAUAAAAAGACCACAGUAGCAUAUGUAAAUGGAGUACACAGGUUACUUAGCAUAGAUGUAACAUCUCAAAUUCAAAGUAACAUUUGUGUUUCACGGAGAUUCCAAGCUGGAAAUUUUCAUGAAUGGGGGUGCAGGAAACUUUUGAUAGCGUGUUCUAGACUCAGCAAUAAGAUUCUAGAUUGUGUAUGUACUUGUGUCAAUAUAAAUUUCAUAUUGACUUACAGGCAUUGGUGCAUUCUUACAGCAAGUACUGUAGAAUGAUGUUAAAACUUUUAAAGAAAUUUUAGAAAGGUAUUUUAGAAUGAAAUUAAUGCCUUUGAGUCAAAAUUGUAUGUAUAAGAUGCAUACUGGAAGCAUUUAAAAAAUACAAAUACAGUAACAGAGAAUUAGUUUUCUUCUGAGAGCUAUGUUUCAGGAGCAGAUUUUUAAUGAAUAUAAAAUCAACAGCUAUGUAAUUAUUUAGACAAUAAAAACAUUUUAAAAGAGCUGUAUCUUUUAUAAUGAAAUAUGAAAUAAGUACUCCAGUUUGCAAUUAAUGCAGCAUCUCAUGAUCAAUAUUGAAAAGUGAUUUAUAUUACAGAAUGCUAUCUGUUACUAUAUUUGACAAUAUUUAGAAAAUGUAAAGCAAGGAACCUAGUUUAUAGGUUUACAUAUCUUUCAGAAAACUAUGAAAUUGUGGAAAUACCUUUUGUUUAGGCAUGGCUCUGAAGUCAAAUAUGGGCUAUAUUUAUCAACGUAAUUUGAAAUCUUUGAGUAAGUUUGCCAAGUUAUCCGGGGUUUUUCUGUUUUAGAUCUUGAUUUACACAUUGAUUUCUAAUUCACAUAAUGCUUGUGGAAACUUUCUAAAAUUUACUACAUGUGCUCUUUCUUUAUAAAACAUUUACUCCAAGCAAAGGUAUGAAAUAUUUAGUUGUUUUUAAACUUGUGUCCACGCUUAAAUAGUCUUAAAGGGUAUAUUGAAAAUACUUCAGCUAUAACCAGCAUGGUGAUUUGAAGGAAUCACUUAGAUUUUGACAGCAUUUGGGUUGGUUGUUGGCUUCCCUGACAGAGCCCUGCAGUAUUUUUUCCUACACCUUCCCAAACAGUCACAGAGCAGCAUUGUGCAGGUGAAAAUCAAGGCAGUUUCUGUCUUUGGUCCAGACUAAUGUGACCCUUUGAAUGUGAUCCUUUGUGUUCAAUGCUGCUGGCUGUUAAUGAGUGGGGAAAAAAGGCAUUUUAUUAAAGAAAAACAGGAAUCCAAAAAUAAUAAUAAAAAAAAGGUAAUGGCAGGACCCAGAUGAGCCAGAUGCUACAGCUGGGGUCAUGGUUAUUGCUGAGCUCUGGUGACUCCUCUGGAUGUGAGUGGGAUCUGAACUCUUUGGUACUGAAUCUUUAGGCUCCAGCCCCCACGUGCAAUAUGCCAUGGUCUGACCUGGUUCACUGCCAAGUCCAAGUUUUGUCGGCCCAGGAAGGGCCAUGGUGUUUCCUUUUAUGUGCAGACAUUGUUUGUGAGGACGUGACAGAGGCAGCGUGCUCACUGGAGGUGGUGAAUUAAUGCUAUUGCAAGUCUUUGAUCACCCACAUUGGGUGAAGUUUGAUGUAUAUUCUAAAGUGUGUCCAUUACUAACUCCUGAGUUCUUGAGAACUGCUACCACCUUCUUUAAGUCCAUUGUGGAAAAUUUGACUAGAGACUAUACAAUAAUGGAGUUGAGUCUGUAGUACUACUACUGUUUCAUGUGAUUGUGGUAUUUAGGUCUAUUUUUUUCCCAAUGUGUAGAAUUUUAACAUAACACAGGAAAUCUAACCUUUCAUGCAAUGACUUUCUCCAGAUAUGCUGCAUUAAAGGUGAAUAACUUGACCCUUGGCUUUUGCAAAGUAAUGGAAGAUUUCAUGUAGCAUUUACAUCUUCAAAAAACUUUUACAGGUUUUGCUUUUCUAGUCCAUGAAAGAAACCUGUAUUUGCUAUGAUACAAACACGCUGAAAAUGUAACAUUUUAUUUCUUUGUAAUGGAUUUUUUUGCCUUUUUUUUUUUGUGUGUGUGUGUUUGCUCGUGCAUUAAAUCAGUAGAGCACUAUUUGCACAAGCAGAAAAUUAACAUAGUAACGAGUGUUGCAUUUUAUGUUUCUUUGUCAUGCAGUAAAUACUUGCAGCAGAAAUGGGAAUAUUUUCAGUUACUAUGAACUUUUUUCAAAGAUCUUCGGUACUUUUAAGGAGAGCAAUAUACAUUUGAAGUCACCUUAUUUUGUAUUAAAUUAUAAAUUGUGCAAAGAAGUGGGUAUUGUGGCACAGUAAUUUUGUACUGAGAUGAAAUAUAUAGCUAUUAAAGCUAUGGUUUGCUUUUUAACUCAUUCUUUUCAUCCUAAUGCAAAUUUGAGUGUUUUUAUUAGGUUGUAUUUUUCUAUGUAUAUAUACAAUUUCAAAAUACUAUGAUUGGGUAAGCCGAAAAAUGUAAGUAUUGAUUUGAUUCUGAUAUUUAGAAUUUUGGAAUAAAAUACCUCUUAAUCAACAGAAA